AUGGGGAAGUGCAACCUCAUCGGUUCUUGGAUGGAAAAACAGAUCUUUGUCAGGACCGGGGCCAGAAACUCAGACGCAGACCAGAGUAGGUUCAAUGUGGGAGUACCACAGUCAUACCUUUCGAGGGGGGCAGCCUGGACACAAAAUCCAGUGACAGGUGAGACCACGGCCGACGAGCAGCCAAUGCAAUUUGAAAACCCCAGACUAUUCUGCGACUACUUCACUAACGGCAAUCCUGGACUGAUACUGCUGCCAGCAAGACGUGAAGUGCUGAGCUUGCAGCCGUAUGUGGUCCUGUACCACAACUUCAUCACUGACACAGAGGCUGAGGACAUCAAGGGGCUCGCUGAGUCAGGAUUGAGACGGUCUGUGGUGGCAGCUGGAGAGAAACAAGCAACAGCAGAUUAUCGCAUCAGCAAGAGUGCAUGGCUGAAGGGCUCAGCACAGUCCACUGUUGGGAAGCUGGAACAGAAGAUCUCCAUGCUCACUGGUCUCAAUGUGAAGCAUCCAUAUGGCGAGUACCUCCAAGUGGUGAAUUAUGGUAUUGGUGGCCAUUAUGAGCCUCACUUUGACCAUGCUACAUCACCUUCAAGUCCUGUGUUCAAGCUGAAAACUGGGAAUCGAGUGGCAACCUUUAUGAUAUAUCUCAGCUCUGUCGAGGCAGGUGGGUCCACAGCCUUCAUCUAUGCCAACUUCAGUGUUCCCGUCGUGGAGAAAGCAGCCAUCUUCUGGUGGAAUCUUCAUAAAAACGGUCAAGGAGACGUAGACACGCUACAUGCUGGCUGUCCUGUGCUUAUUGGGGACAAAUGGGUGGCAAAUAAAUGGAUCCAUGAGCAUGGCCAGGAGUUCCAACAUCGCUGCAGCCUGAACCCUGAAGAGUGAGAGGGGUGGAGCGCUAGCUGGGCCCCUUGGAGUACAAGAGCCAACCUCUACAAUUGAGAGGCACACUUGCAGGCAGAUAGAAGGAGGGAGCCAGAAAGUGAACAUACAGGCAGGGGAGGUGAGAGCUGUUAUGGGGCAGCCUGCUUCUAUGAUUGGACCUCCGGGCCCCAGGGAGCCUAAGCACAGUACAGUGCUGCAGUGGACAUGGAUAGCAGAAGGCUGAGAGGCGGGGGUAAAAGAGGAGUGGGGCAGUCGACAAUCACUCCCCAGAGCCCAAAUGGUCUUCUGCUGCAGAUGGAGAGAGGCCUCUGCCUUCGCACACUGUGCUGGUUUCAAGGCGGUUUGCCUCGUGCUUCCUUAAAAAUGGACUUCUUAUGCAACGCUCUUCCGACACUGGGCAAACUCUAGGGACUGCCAUUGCAAAUCAACACAGCUGAACUUGGUACAUACCAUCCAAGCUUCAUUUCUAAUGUGUGGAUGCAGAAGUUUACAAAAAAUACCUAAUGUGCCUGGCUGAAUCACUGUGAAAUAGUGCACAAUGUAUCUUAAAAUGUCUGUUUAAUGUUAUGUUGCUGCCAAAAAUAAAUGUUGUUUUUAGAUUUGAA